UGCAAACUGGCUUUGGCCAGUGGCUUGGGUGGGUAUCUCUGACCCCCUGUCCCCUGCGGCAGAAACAGGGGGUCUUAUUCACCCAAAGCCUGCGAGCUGGGGGCUCACAGGCAGCAGCUGAAAGGAGCAGAUCCUGCUUCCUCCCAGAGCUGGGAAGGCUUUGUGUGCUGGGGAGAGGCAUGCAGCCUCGCAGGGCAUGCCAAGAAACACGGAGGGUUGGCCUGCUGCCCCACUGACACCUGAGGGACAGCUGAAGGACAUCCUUUACCCAGCCCUGUGGCCAUGAGGCUCUAACCUCUGCCACUGCAAUGAUGUAAGAUGGGGGCUGAAAGAAAGAACAUUGAUUUAGUAUGGUACAGUGCAGCAGGCACCGACAUCACAUCUGAGUCUGUAAUGAAGUAGGAUCUGUUUUUGGGAUGGCACUGAUAAAUCCCAUGUACUUCUGCUUCCUGGAAGACCUUUAAAAACCUAUGCUUCUGUGGUUGCUCAGAGAUGAUGACAGAUGAUGCAAGACAGUGGAAACAGUGGUCAAGAUCUGGCCCCUGGCAGAAACAGAGCUGAUGGUCCCUUCAUUCAGAGAGAGGAGUGGUGGCAGGAUCUCCUGGUUCUUCCAGCACUGGAGAUAAACAGUGUGGCCAAGCCUGUGGCUCUCUCUGCAAGCUCCACACUCUCAGCUCACUUCUUGGAGGUUCUCACACUUCAUGCUGCAGUCAGGAGCUCGGCAGAGUCCAGCAUGAUUCUUCUUACCGUGCUGUUCCUUUGCAUCAUUUCCACCUACUCAGCCUCUGUGAAAGGGCACACUACUGGGCCCAGCCUAAAUAAUGACAAGCUAUAUAAGUUUGCUUACUCAGCUGAAGUCUAUGUUGAUCAAGUGAAAGCAUCCCUGCAGAAAAGUGCAGGAUAUCGGAUUUCUUCUGGUGUGGAUGUCAACCUCUUAUGGAGAAAUCCUGACAAUGAUGAUGACCAGCUGGUCAAAAUUACGAUGAAAGAUGUUCAGGUUGAAAAUGUGAAUGAGCGUCCAGCUGAUAAAAACAUCUUCAAAGGGAAAAGCACGGAGAAGAUCAUCGGCAAAGAGUAUCUGGAGGCUUUGCAGAGGCCCAUAAUGGUUGAGCUAGUUCGUGGAAAAAUCAAAACCUUCUACUCAUAUCAAAAUGAACCUGGUUUUACUCAGAACAUUAAGAGAGGUCUGGCUAGCCUUUUCCAGCUGCAGCUGCACUCUGGCUCUUCCCGUGAGGUGGACAUUUCUGGGAAAUGUGAUACUACUUACCAUGUGCGGCAAGAUCAAGUGACUAAAAUAAAAGACCUGGACUCCUGUGAAAUAGAAAAGAAAGGAUUUACCAGCCACAACAAGAUCUUGGAUAUCAGUACAAAAGCCACAUCUGCUACAGUUUAUGUGCUGGAAGACAGUUUCAUUAAAUCCAUUAAGGCAGAAGAAAAUUUUGUUUUCGCCCUGAAUUACCGACGAAAAACAGGUGCCAAAAUAGUUUCAAAGCAGAGGCUGGAGCUGAAGUCAGUCCAAGCUGGGACGGGACUGAUCGCUGCAAAGCAAGUCGCUGGUGUGAUCAAGACCUUGGACCCCAAUUAUGUUGCCAUUGCCCUGGAAGCAGAGCCAGUGAAAUCCGAAUGCAAAAAGUGCCCUUCACUUUCUGAGCACUGGAAGAACAUCAGAGAACAAAUGCAUCCUGACAAACUUUCCAAACCUGAUGCAGCAAAAAGCUUUUUGUCCUUCAUUCAGAACAUCAGGAAAGCUACGAAGGAGGAGAUACUGAAAAUUAUUAAAAGUGAAAAUAAAGAGCUUCUUCCACAGGUAGUGGAUGCUGUAACCUCAGCUCAGACCCCAGAAUCACUGGAGGCCAUGCUGGAGUUUCUUGACUUUAAGGAUGCAAGCACUUUUAUCCUGCAGGAGCGGUUCCUGUAUGCCUGUGGAUUUGCUUCUCACCCCAGUGAAACGCUCCUGAAAUCAUUAACUGAGAAGUUCAAGGGGGAUGUCGCCAGUCAAGAAAUCAGAGAAACUCUUGUCAUUGUCAUGGGAGCGCUCAUUAGAAAGCUGUGUGACAGGGACGGCUGCAAGCUGCCAGCUGUUGCGGAAGCCAAAAGGUUGAUUCUGAAUAGGCUGGAGAAGGCCAGCAAAGAUGACAACGUGCAGAUGUACCUGCUGGCACUGAAGAACGCACUCCUUCCCGAAGCAAUUCCAGUGCUCCUGAAGUAUGCCGAGUCAGGAGAAGGGCCAAUCAGCAGCCUUGCUGCCACUGCCUUGCAGAGAUACGAUCCUUCUUUUCUCACCAAAGAGGUGAAGGAAACAAUGAACAGGAUAUACCACCAGACUCGCAAAAUCCACGAAAAGACAGUGAGAACCACAGCAGCUGCCAUCCUCUUAAACAGUAACCCAUCCUACAUGGAAGUGAAAAACAUCCUGCUCUCCAUUGGGGAACUGCCUAUGGAGAUGAACAAGUACAUGCUGUCCAUGAUCCAAGAUAUACUGCGCUUUGAAAUGCCUUCCAGCAAAACAGUUCGGCAAGUUCUGAAGGACAUGCGUGCCCAUAACUACGAUCGCUUCUCCAAGAUGGGCUCUUCCUCUGCCUACACUGGAUAUAUCACACGUGGUCCUGAUGUGUCAUCCACAUACAGCCUCGACAUCCUCUACUCUGGCUCUGGCAUUUUACGGAGAAGUAACAUGAACAUCCGUGUUUUUGACAGAAGCACUGACCUUCAUGCCAUCCAGGUGGUUCUCGAAGCUCAGGGUCUGGAGUCCAUAAUAGCUGCAACUCCUGAUGAAGGCGAGGAAAACCUGGACUCCUUUGCUGGCAUGUCAGCCAUUCUGUUUGGUUUCCAGCUGAGACCAGUGACAUUUUUCCAAGGGUAUGGUGAUUUAAUGUCUAAAAUGCUCUCGGCAACUGGAGAUCCCAUGAAUGUGGUGAAAGGACUUGUCCUCCUCACAGAUUUCUUACAGGAAAUCCAGCUGCAGUCUGGGCCCACAGCCAGUGCAGAGUUCAUGGGUGGGCUGGCCAUCGACAUCUCUGGAGGGAUGGAGUUCAGCCUGUGGUACCGGGAAUCCAAAACCAACGUCAAGAACCGGGUAGCCAUGUUUGUAGCUGGUAACACCGAGGUGGAUUCCUUCUUUGUAAAAACUGGUAUGGAAACCACUUUGGAAACAGAAACAGCUUUAGACUUCAUCUCCACAGUGCAGUUUUCACAGUACCCAUUUUUGGUCUGUAUGCAGAUGGAUAGAGUGGACUCUCCAUUCAGGACGCACAUGACCAAGUACGAGAGCCUGCCCUCCGGCAGGCGCUACACGGCCCGGAGGGGCAAGGCAGCCACGCUGGCCGGGAACGAAUACCCCCUGCACCAGGAGAACUCCAACAUGUGCAAGAAGGUGUUUGGCGCCAAGUCGGACUCUGCUGGCGGCUGGUUUUGAAAGCAGCGCCUGGGCUCCUGCUUUCCUGCGCCCCUCAGUGACUUCGGCCUGCACACACCUUACCAGCGUGGAGCUUGACCCUGCACUGCUGCAUUAAUGGGAAAUUUGCCAUUGAUUUCAACGGGCCAGCAUCAAACUCUCAGUGUGUGCACAGUGUUUACAU